AUCAAUAUCCUUCAAAAAAUAAUAAACACAAUAAGUUAACCUAUUUUAUUAUUCAAAAUUUCAAAUCUACUGCGUGCUAAAUUCUUAAAUACCUGUUUUAACAAACCAAAAAAAUUACUGUAACUCUAAUGUGAUCGAUUUAAAAUAUUAAAUGUUACAAAAAUGAAGAAACACAAACAGAGCUUAUUUACGAAGAAAUUCGACAAUUUAGAUUGUCAAGAAAAUAACGAUGAUAUACUUUGGUCGUCUAGUGAGUCAAGUGAUUGUGAAAACAAGUCCAUCACAUUAAACAAUUCAUUUUCCAACUCAAGGAAAAGAAAGAGGAAAAAGAAGGUAAACCAUAACAUAUCAAAUUUAAAUAUCAUUGAAGUGUCACGAAAUGUUAAUUUUACUGAUCAAAUUACCAAUGAAACACAGUUAUGCUCUAAAAGAUGUGCCAUAAAAUCAUCACCAAUAUUAAAUUUUAAAAGUAACAAGCAACUUCCUGUAAGUCCAGUUUUAGAAUCACAAUCGUUGAAAUCGUUUAGAAACGACAUAAACAUACCGACUUCACCAAUAUUAACUUCGAAACUAAAUAAAAGCGGGAAAGAAUUAAGCCCUGUAUUACAACAGAAACCUCAUAUAGCUCCUAAUGUUAAGAAGAAAUUAUUCAACGAAGGCAAUCAAAAUAGACAUGUUCAAAAAUUACAAUAUCAACCAAAUGAUAAGCUUAAUGACAAUGAAGUAAAAUCUAUAAAUAAUACUAAACAAUUGAAACUAGAAAUAGAAAAUAUUACCGAUAUAGAGGUUUCUGAAACAUCAACUGAAUGCGGACAAAAUAAUAGACAAAAAACGAAAUUUGAUUUAAUAAAACAGGUACAAUCAUAUUUUGAUAGUCAUUUCAGCUCGGAAAGUCUAUCACAACAAUCAAUAAGUGAGUGUGAAUCAACACCUCAAAAUAUAUCUAAAUCAAUUGAAGAUGUUGAAAUAACUAAUUCAAUAACUCAAGUUAAAGAUAUACAACCAAAUCAACAAAAUAGUUUUCUUUCAAGUUGUGAAAUAACUGAAAAGACAAAAAAAAGAUACAAGAAAAAUGGAUUAGCAUAUAGACUGGCUGGUUUAAUAAAAAAACAAAACUCAAAUAUUUGUCUAUGGCAACAUGAAAAGUUCCUGGCCACAAAUUCCAAUUUUGUGAUACCAACAUGUGAACAUUGGGUGUUCCGAAUUCAAAAUGUACAACUUAAAUAUGGCUGUUAUUUAAUUGAAGCAAAGGAUUUAAAAGAUGAAGAAUAUAUAAUAAUUAUUAAUUUAAUUUAUAUCACUUGUAAUUUUAUAGCACCUAAUUGUGUUAUAAAACUGUAUAAGCCAUAUAAUUUAUUAGAAAUAGAUAAUGUUAGAGUUAUUGUUAAUGUUUGUAAGUUUGAAUGUCUUCCAUUAAAAAUGUAG